AUGGCUAUUCCGAGACUCUCAGGGUGCUCUCUUGUAGACUUGAAUCUUCGUAUAUUCUUUCAGCUUGCUAUUGUUCCACACUGUUUUGUUAGUCUGGACAUGGGGGAAGCAGUCUUGUUAAUACACUCGCUUAUCUCAGAGAGGGAAUCCGUGUUCGUUGAACCAAGGUACACAAAGUCACGGGCAACAUCCAGUUCAUAAUCAGAAAUUCUGCGGGAUUGCACGUGUUGUCCCUCGACCUGCCUUGUCUGAGCAUCGCUGAAGCAAUUUAUGAGAUGAUGGAGUUAUUCAGCUUGUUGGUGAUUGCUGCGUCAUAAGCAAAGCCGAGAAAUCACACAGAACUUUGAUUUUCCCUUAGCCUACAGUAUGUACAGUAGAACGGUUGAUAUGCUUUCCAACUGACCUGUGUCAGAGAUGUUCCACAGGUACUGUAUAUGCAAGUGUUUCAGAGGUAUAUACAAGUGUUUCAGAGGUAUAUAUGCAAGUGUUUCAGAGGUAUAUAAACAAGUGUUUCAGAGGUAUUUCAAAAACUCAUUAAUAACUCAUGAAGCAAUUAUCCAAUUUUGAGUAAGAAAUUAGUCACGUGCAUACGUCUUUAUACCAGCUAAAGAACACUUUAACAAAAGACCAUUGUUAUGCAAACUAUAUAAAGAUUUUUAUAUAAAGAUUUUUAUAUAAAGGUUUUUAUAUAAAGAUUUUUAUAUAAAGAUUUGACUUAUUAUGCAAACGUUUUUGAAGCCAUUUAAAAAACUCGCAGGUCGUGUUUUAUUAGGUCUAAAGCAGGGCGUAGUAAAACACGUGUUUUACUACGCCCUGGUCUAAAGCCACUCGCGCUGCGCGCUCGUGGCUUUAAACCUAAUAAAACACUCCUGCUCGUUUUUUAGUACAUACAAGUGUUUCAGAGGUAUAUACAAGUGUUUCAGAGGUAUAUGCAAGUGUUGCAGAGGUAUAUGCAUGUGUCGCAGAUGUUUAUGCAUGUGUUGCAGAGGUAUAUGCAACUGUUUCAGAGGUAUAUGCAAGUGUUGCAGAAGAAUAUGCAAGUGCUGCACAGGUAUAUGUAAGUGUUGCAGAGGUAUAUGCAAGUGUUGCAGAGGUAUGUGCAAGUGUUGCAGAGGUAUAUACAUAUGUUGCAGAGGUAUAUGAAGUGUUGCGGAGUUAUAUGCAAGUGUUUCAGAGGUAUAUACAAGUGUUUCAGAAGUAUAUGCAAGUGUUUCAGAAGUAUAUGCAACUAAUGCAAGCGUUGCAGAGGUAUAUGCAAGUGUUUCAGAGGUAUCAGUGCAAGUGUUUCAGAGGUAUAUGCAUGUGUUGCAGAUGUAUAUGCAUGUGUUGCAGAGGUAUAUGCAAGUAUUUCAGAGGUAUAUGCAAGUAUUUCAGAGGUAUAUGCAAGUGUUUCAGAAGAAUAUGCAAGUGUUUCAGAAGUAUAUGCAAGUGUUGCAAAGGUAUAUGUAAGUGUUGCAGAGGUAUAUGCAAGUGUUGCAGAGGUACAUGCAAGUGUUGCAGAGGUACAUGCAAGUGUUUCAGAGGUAUAUGCAAGUGUUUCAGAGGUAUCAGUGCAAGUGUUUCAGAGGUAUAUGCAUGUGUUGCAGAUGUAUAUGCAUGUGUUGCAGAGGUAUAUGCAAGUAUUUCAGAGGUAUAUGCAAGUAUUUCAGAGGUAUAUGCAAGUGUUUCAGAAGAAUAUGCAAGUGUUUCAGAAGUAUAUGCAAGUGUUGCAAAGGUAUAUGUAAGUGUUGCAGAGGUAUAUGCAAGUGUUGCAGAGGUACAUGCAAGUGUUGCAGAGGUACAUGCAAGUGUUUCAGAGGUAUAUGCAAGUGUUUCAGAGGUAUCAGUGCAAGUGUUUCAGAGGUAUAUGCAUGUGUUGCAGAUGUAUAUGCAUGUGUUGCAGAGGUAUAUGCAAGUAUUUCAGAGGUAUAUGCAAGUAUUUCAGAGGUAUAUGCAAGUGUUUCAGAAGAAUAUGCAAGUGUUUCAGAAGUAUAUGCAAGUGUUGCAAAGGUAUAUGUAAGUGUUGCAGAGGUAUAUGCAAGUGUUGCAGAGGUACAUGCAAGUGUUGCAGAGGUACAUGCAAGUGUUUCAGAGGUAUAUGCAAGUGUUUCAGAGGUAUCAGUGCAAGUGUUUCAGAGGUAUAUGCAUGUGUUGCAGAUGUAUAUGCAUGUGUUGCAGAGGUAUAUGCAAGUAUUUUAGAGGUAUAUGCAAGUAUUUCAGAGGUAUAUGCAAGUGUUUCAGAAGAAUAUGCAAGUGUUUCAGAAGUAUAUGCAAGUGUUGCAAAGGUAUAUGCAAGUGUUGCAGAGGUAUAUGCAAGUGUUGCAGAGGUAUAUGCAAGUGUUGCAGAGGUAUAUACAUGUGUGGCAGAGGUAUAUGCAAGUAUUUCAGAGGUAUAUGCAAGUGUUUCAGAAGAAUAUGCAAGUGUUUCAGAAGUAUAUGCAAGUGUUGCAAAGGUAUAUGCAAGUGUUGCAGAGGUAUAUGCAAGUGUUGCAGAGGUAUAUGCAAGUGUUGCAGAGGUAUAUACAUGUGUGGCAGAGGUAUAUGCAAGUAUUUCAGAGGUAUAUGCAAGUGUUUCAGAAGAAUAUGCAAGUGUUUCAGAAGUAUAUGCAAGUGUUGCAAAGGUAUAUGCAAGUGUUGCAGAGGUAUAUGCAAGUGUUGCAGAGGUAUAUGCAAGUGUUGCAGAGGUAUAUACAUGUGUGGCAGAGGUAUAUGCAAGUAUUUCAGAGGUAUAUGCAAGUGUUUCAGAAGAAUAUGCAAGUGUUUCAGAAGUAUAUGCAAGUGUUGCAAAGGUAUAUGCAAGUGUUGCAGAGGUAUAUGCAAGUGUUGCAGAGGUAUAUGCAAGUGUUGCAGAGGUAUAUACAUGUGUGGCAGAGGUAUAUGCAAGUAUUUCAGAGGUAUAUGCAAGUGUUUCAGAAGAAUAUGCAAGUGUUUCAGAAGUAUAUGCAAGUGUUGCAAAGGUAUAUGCAAGUGUUGCAGAGGUAUAUGCAAGUGUUGCAGAGGUACAUGCAAGUGUUGCAGAGGUAUAUACAUGUGUUGCAGAGGUAUAUGAAGUGUUGCAGAGUUAUAUGCAAGUGUUUCAGAGGUAUAUGCAAGUGUUACAGAGGUAUAUGCAAGUGUUGCAGAGGUAUAUGCAAGUACCAUGUUCCCAUACUUUUUCCACCUAUGCCAAGGAGAAUGGGGUAUAGACAGACCAUGGCACUCCCCGUCUCCCCUAAACGUUUUCCAUCUCUCUCAGCAUUUAGACUAAAUCUGGCCAUGAUACCACAUGAGUGUUAUCAAGAAAUGUUGUGUUUAUUAAUAUGUGAUUUUUGUAUUAAUAAAUAGUAACUGGUUAGAGCUCAACAACUGUCCUCUGUAGCUCAGUUGGGUUAGAGCGCUGCACUGGAAACACAGGGUCGCAGGUUUGAUUCCAGGACCUGUAUAAAGUUGCAUUUUUCGCAACUGUUCCUUGUUAGGUCUAAUAAAUGUAUAUAAAUUCCCACUUGAUAAUUUCCAUCUACAAGACCCUUCAACUAUUAUUGAAUUGAGUGAGAUGCCAACAAAAUCUCGAUAUUUACCCAUGCAUAACCUAAAACAUGGCAGUAUCCUACACAUUAUUUAUAUCUCAUACUCUUUUUCUUCCAUUUCCGUUUCCUGAACCGCAAUGUCUUGUUGCAAUUUAUCGAAGUACUUUUGGGUUGGCAUUAUAUAAACAAAGUCCUAACUGUCAAUAUUUUCCGAAUCUGCGUUCUUGAAUUCUAAUCUUUCUUUAGCCUUAGCCUUUAAAGCCUUAGCUCUUUUCUUUGGUUUUUGAGGAAAUGGUGAAUGGAAUCUCUUACUGGUAGCACCAAGAAAACUGGGGUUUUGCUCAAUACCACGCACAGCCACCCUAUAUGGCAUACCAACAUUAAUUAUUUUGAAACUUUCAACAUUAUCGAUAAAGGUUUUCUCUAUGGAACAGCUUGUGCACACAAAACCAUGUCUGAGAAGGACUCCGAAUCUGCACGUCUUAAAUCUACCCAGUCAUUAUCGCGGUCCAUAUAUUUAAUCGUCGCAGCCUGAACGAAAUCACAAAUUGCAUUUAUGCGAUCAUGGCUUAGGCCAUCUAUUGUCAUGGAGUUGACUGCUUCGUCAUCCAUGAAGAAUUUUACCCAUUUCUCUGUACCGAUUCCACUGCUGUACUCGAUUUUAAAUUUGUAAUUUACAUCAAAAAGCUUCGAAGUCAUUGUAGUUUAAAUCAAACAAUUUAUAAAUCACUCUACUGUACGUGACACACAACAGCUGGAAAGGGCUUUAGAGAACCGGGCAGUUACAUAAAAAGCCUCGUGUUUGAAGUCACAUGACAUGUAAGUUUGUGGGCGAUGCCCAGACACGUUAUUUUUUAGCCAGACCACACAUGAGUGGUUUUCGUAUUAUAUACAUGAACUUGUGGUUGAGCUCGACAACUGGCCUCAGUGGCUCAGUUGGUUAGAGCACUGCACCAGAAUCGCAGGUUUGAUUUCAGGGAGCUGUUCCUGGUUAGGUCUAAUAAAUGUAUAUAAAUUUCCACUCAAUAAUUUCCAUCUAUAAAACCCUUCAAUCAUUGAUUAACCCUUUAACUGGCAAUGUGCCCUGGUAUUUUACUCUGUCUAACACUAGGCAAUUUUACUUGUCGAGGGAAAUCGAGUGCUGACUCUUAAUGGAUUAAUUAGUUUCCUAUGCAGACUUACUUUAGCGGGUUUGGGCCCGCCACGUACGGUCUGCUUACUUUCGCUAGCAAUUCGCCUUCCCAUUGUAUUCCAUUAGCCAAUAGCAUUCAAAUACACUAGACACGCCCACUUUGAAUCUCAAAGUGUAAACAAGGAGCGUGCGAUAAUCGAAUAAUAAUACGGUAUAUACGUAUUUAAAUGGCCAUAAAUGUGAACAGAUCGAGUUUUCUGAUCAAUAGCAGUCGAAGUAGAAAAUAUUGAAUAUUUUUCCAACGAAUGUAAGCGAUAGAUCGAAGGCUUAGGGAGUGGUCAUUAUUUAUGGGGAGGGGGGGGGGGAAAUGGGGAAAAUAAGGAUUGAAAACUUUUUUGACCCUCCCCCCCUCCAGACUGAAGGCAAACUUUUUGUGCCUCCCCCCUCAUAAAAGUAGAAACUUUUCUGACCCCCCCAGCGUGGAUUGAAAAAUUAACAGCAAUGAAACAGGUGUGUGUUGCAGGUAAAGUUAGAUAUUAGGACAAUCUGUUUAAUCUAGCUCAUGAUGUUUUACCCUGGUGAAUAUGAUUCACCAUAUAUGAUUAAAAUAUAUAUAUUAUGUGUUACUACUUUGCAAUGCAACAUUUGUCCUACCAUAACCCUAACCCAUGACCCGUCUUCAUACAGCAAAAUGAUUUGAACACAGGGUUUUUUUAAGAACUUGUCUGGUGGUGGGCAUGUACAAAAAGGGACCAUACUAUAUUCAGUGUGGAGAUAUGACAGAUGGUUGUUGGUGACAAAAAGUUUGGUGUGGUAUCGUAUGUACUAGUAGGGGGGUCUGGGGGUAUUCUUCCACAGAAAAUUUUUUGAAUUUUUCCACCCCUAGAACUGAAAUGUGAGCAUUUUCUGAAACAGAUUUUUGGAUAUACGGCGUUACAUUGUGCGUUGAUAGACCAAAUCUGAUCAGUUAAGUGUACUUGCAUGGUAUGUUUAUGUAAAUACCACAACUGGGUCACUCAGGGAGUAGAAUGCUUGAUAAACUUAAGUAGUGGGCCAGACUCCCACGAUCGUGAGGCGCUACCAUGGUUGGCGCCGAGCAGGGAAAUUUUGAAAAUUUCGAGUCUCCAGAUCGUUGGAAAUAGCAUUUUCAGAGUCUUCUUUUUUGCUAUUUGUGAUUAUAAAAAUCAGAACUCUAGACAUGGUAUUUAAGUUCAAAAACUUUUAUGACCCCCCCUUUCUCUGUGUUAAAACUUUUUUAACCCCCCUAUUUAUAAGGGUAAAACUUCGUUUUCCCCCCUCCCUCCCAUUUCCCCCCUCCCCCCCUCCCCAUUAAUACUGACCACUCCCUUACACUUGAUCCAAUUUUGAUCGGGGCUAUGGUCUACAUUUCGUAGACAAUAGCCCCGUAUAAAAUGGGCCAAGUAUAAAAUUGGCCAAGUAUAAAAUGGGCUGUGAUAGUUAUAUCAUAGAAUAGGAAGGUAUACCAGAAGUCUCACUCAAGCAAGUAUUUGUCCGCGUUUUUACAAGCGAUUCGUCAUCAAUCACGCCGUCCUGGCUAGUACUGGCACUUUGUACCUACCAAAACCUGAUAAAAACUUCCGGCUGUACUAGCCAGGAUGGCGAGAGCGAGUUAAUAUUUUCUUGGGUUACACUUCUGCUAUACUUUCCUAUUUUGUGGUUAUAUGCUGUAUAUUCAAAUACAUUUAAAAAAUAUCGUGCACGCGGCAAGAUUCGAUAAAAAAUAAUAGUGCGGAGUCGGUGAGGUCCAAAAAAAUCGAGCACUCUCAAACCCCCCCCAUGAAAAAUCAAAUGGUCCGUCCCUAACUAGCCUGAUAACAGACCUACGUUUCGCCCGCCCUAAAAUUCGCGGGUCGACGAAGGGCGAAACGUAGGUCUGUUAUCAGGCUAUCCCUAACCGAAGAGAGAUAGGAGCACCUCCUCCAGUAAUAUAGUAUAGGUCAGCGGUAGUGCCGCGAAAAUUUGCGCGAACGAGAGGGAUCUGGUACCUAAUGAAAGUUGGCGCCAUUUAAUAAGAGUAACGAGUAACAUUGUGAUUUCGUCCUCGCUUUCUUCUGCUUUCUUCUGCUUUUUUUCUUUCAAUUUAUCGUCGAAUUACUGCUAAGGAACUCAUGACAAACCAUAAAUGUUAAUCACCGUUUAACUUGUGUGAAACUCGUGAAAUACGAUGGCUAAAGUGAAUAUUUGUAACGUGACAGUUCUUGAUAAUCCAUCGCCAUAUUUUAAUCCAUUCCAGUUUGAAAUUACGUUUGAAUGUUUGGAAGAUCUCAGUGAAGGUAAGAGCGAAUUAUUGACUUAUUGAAAUGUAUGUUUUAUUGUGCAAUGUACAUGUGUAUUUUUGUGCGACUCAUAUAUCAUAAAUUGUAAUAAAUUGGCGCAUUGCAACACAAAUAUAUUUGAAAACAUCUUGGCUGACAUUGCAUAUUGUCACGUUGCUGUAUUAAACCCAGGGCAUAGUCACUGCAUAGGGCUUAUGAACAAAUAUAUUACUUCUCCAUUGUACUUUAUAUAAUUUGGUGUUUACUUGCUAAAGACAGGAAUCUAGUCUGGGGGGAGACAUAUUCUAAAACACACUGGUGGAUUACCAGGGCUUAUAUAUUUGCAGUCCUUCAAGAUGACAUUCCCACCAGUGGCGUAGCUAGCGGUCAUGCUGAGCAUGACAAAAAUUUCCCCAAAAAUAAAGAAUUUCUUUCCGCUAAAAUUCAAAUCUUUUGAAACUUUCACAAGUACUUUAGACACGAUUUCGCUAUAUUAUGUCAUUUUCAGUAAAAUAUUGCUCAUUUGCAUAGGUUACCUAGCAACAAACAUGGCGAGUUCGUGUGAAUUUCGUGUGUACAGCAUGUUCCACGCAUUUCGCGGUCUAGUCAUGCCCUCUGAAAUCAGCAUGACCAAGUAAUAUAUUUUAUAGUAGAAAUCCUGGCAAUCUGAUUGGAUAAUGGCAACUGCGCAUGCUCAAACGCGCUGUUUCGCAACGUCUAGUCAUGCUCAUUUUCCAGAGCAUGACUUGAGCCUUUGUCCUUUGAUACAGUCUUUCUGUUCGAGAUAAUUCACGCUCGAAUUAGUCGAAUACUCCGUUCACGUGUCAACUGAUCAAGGUAAGUGAUUUCGCAUUGUAUUAAUUUGCAUUUUAAUGGCUUCAGGAAGCGUGACGGCUUCCACAGAAGCAGAUAUUAUAAGUGAUAUGCUGAAGAAACCUUUCUCGAUCUGCUCGUCAAUCAGGCGAGCAAAAUAUAAUUGUAACACAACGGCCAAUGCCGAAUUUAUACAAUCGACCACUGGAGAUAGAAGCUUUCAGGAGAGUUGGUACACAAAGAAAGAUUGGCUUUGUGGUAGUUUUACUUAAUGUUUAACCAAGAAGGCAACAUUUGUUUUGCUGGCCAUGUUUAUAUGCACCUAUCAAUGUUAAGCCCCAGAGGUGGGGGGUCGGGCAUAUGUGGGGUACUGGGGCAUUUGAUUUUUUGAGCAAAUUUUCAAUCAAAUGCCCCACCGUCGGGCAAUAAACAUUGGUUAAAUAUCCAAACCAUUUUCCAAUAAAUUGCAAUAAAUACUAUAUUAAUUAAUAAAAGUCAUUUGAUUCACAUUGCCCUAACUCAGGCCCAAAAUGCUAAUCAAAAUCCCCCGGGUGAGAAUGCAAUUGAUUAUAAAAUACCCCACAUAUGCCCGACUCCCCUCAGGGGCUUAACAUUGAUAGGUGCAUUAUUAUAGUCCCUUGAAAUUAUAUCAGGGAAUAUUAGAUUUAUAGGGGAAAUAUCUACAUGAAAGUGGUGACCUCAAAAUAAAAUUUAAUAUUUCUUUUACUAUAAUUACCAAUACCAGAGUUAUACGCCUGUGUUCUAAACACUCACUCACACUCAAUGAGUGGAGGUUUAAUCUGAGCUUACCUUGAGUGUCAAUAUUGUUUUUGAAUAGGUGGAGGGUGAGUAGUCACAUAGUAAGGUUCGAUACUAACUCCCCAGCUUUGCCAAAACAGCAAUGACACUCAAGAGAAGCUCAGAUCGAACCUCCACUCAUUGAGUGUGAGAAUGAGUGAGCUUUUAGCUAGAAUACAGGCGAUAGGGGAAAUAUCCACAGAUCCACUCAAAUGUGGUGACUCAUGAUAUAACUAUUCCUGGGGAGAUGACCACUGGACUUAAAUGUGGUGACCCCCAAAUAUAAUAUCUCUAUAAAGUCUAUUAAUUUUUUAAUAAAAUGACCAGAGUUAUAAGGGAAAUAUCCACUCAAAUGUGGUAGCUCAUGAUAUAAAAAGUCCAGAGGAGAUAACCACUUGACUAGAAUGUGGUGACCCUAAAAUAGCUUAGAUUGCUAUGAGGUCUAUUAAUUUUUUUAUUAGAUGACCAGAGUUAUUAGGGAAAUAUCCACUCAAAUGUGGUGAGCCCAUGAUAUAACUCUUCCUGGGGAGAUAACCACUUGAAUGUGGUGAUUCCAAAAUAUAAUUUCAUAUAUUUCUUUUACUAUAAGUUUUAUUUUUUUAAUAGAUGACCAGAGUUAUAUGGGAAAUAUCCACUCAAAUGCGGUGGCUCUUGAUGAGUGAUGACAUGUGGUGACACAUAAUUUCCAUGUUAUUCUUUUACUAUUUCUAUAUUAAUUAGACUUUUACUAUUUCUAUAUUAAUUAGACUCAUCGUUUCUUUAGUCUUUGCUCCAAUUAUGAGAACUUUCAUGCUCAGUUAGAACUAUACCGCCAGAUUCUUAAUAAGAAUUGUUAUCCAACUCGUCUUUUUGAUCGCUGCGUACGAACAUUUUUAGAAAAUGUGUCUCAACCCAAACCAGCUGUUCAUUCUGCUCCUAAGAAAGUUCUAUAUUUUUCUGUUCCAUAUACUGGCGCUCACUCUCUUCAAAUUCGCACCCAAAUCUCCCGUCUUUGUUCCUCGGCCUUUCCCCAUCUUAAUAUUAGAUUCGUUUUUCGUCCAACUUUACGUUUGUCUCAACUCUUCACCUUUAACGACAAAAUUCCUAACGCUUUAAGAUCUUGUGUUGUGUAUUCCUUCACGUGUCGUUGCUGUUCCGCAACGUAUUUGGGCCAAACGGUCCGUCACUUGCACACACGAGUUUCUGAACAUUUGGGUGUUUCUCCUCUAACAGGCAGUAAAAGCAGCAAUCCGACCAUGUCUAGUAUCCUUUCCCAUCUUGAUAGCACUGGUCACUCCGCUUCUCUUAAUGAUUUUAAGAUUAUUUCUUGUUGCUCUUCUCCAGACGAACUCCUCAUUCGAGAAAGUCUUCUCAUUAACAAACUCAAACCCUCUCUCAACUUACAAGGCAGUUCGGUCCCUCUACUUCUACUCUGAUCCAUUCCUCUUUCUACUUUUGUAAUAUAAUAUCUUGUAAAUAGUUGUAAUUUAUUCAUAUUUCUGUGUUUUCCGCUUUGUAUGUCAUUGCUCUGAAGAUGUCUUAAGUUAAAGACGAAACAUUAGCUUUCAAAUAAAUAUUUUAAAUUAUAUUUUUGUUAUGGCUUUUUUACGUGUUUUAUGCUGGGCAUUAAUAUUUAUCCUAAGAUUACGAUUUCCGCUUGGUUCAUCUAUCGCAAGUAUUUUGCACAGAAAAUUGCGCCAGUCUUCACCUCACCGGUACAGAAAGUUUGUCUCGCAUUUACAUAUUAGUCUAUGGCGGGCUUAUUGUAUGCUUUUAUGUACUUCUUUUUUGUUGGAAAUGACUAUUGUCGUUCUAGUGCAGCAUCAUAACUUUUUGAUUAUUGUUUGCAAUUUGCACCCAAUCUGAGACUGAGCAUGCUAGUGAAGUUAUAAAAAAAUUAAACUCGUUUGAGCUAUUUGUAAUGUAAUUAGUAAUGCUGUUCAUGCUGAAAUAAAAUAAUUAUUACAGAUUGUUUUUAUUGUGUUUUUAUUAUAUGAAUUUCCAUACUUUUCGCCGCACAGAACGCAGGAAAUUAAGUUCGAGUGACGCUAAAUUGCCCAAAUGUUUUGUAUGAAUAUGAAUAGAUAAAUGUCUGAAAAGGCCGUUUCCGACGAUCUAGAGGCCCUAAUUUUUAAUUUUUUUCUCGCUCGUGAGCUUGGUACUCAGCAAAUAGCGUGACCAAUCAUUUUUUCCUGGCUACGCUACUGAUUCCCACGCACUUUCUGCUGAUUUAGACAAUGAUAACGAACGUGUAGAUACAACAAGGUUCAUAACGUCUACUUGCAACAAGGCUCAUAAAUUCCUAGAUAUUUGGAGUCGACUUGUCGACGUUUGUCCCGAUGGGCAACCACACUCUUGUGUUUUGAUCGUUUUAAAUUUUGUGUAAUUAAUCUCUUGUUGUUCCGUCAUCGAGUGUUAAUAAAGCUGUGUCAAAAGAUGGUUUGUCAAAAUGAAAGUGAACAAAAUAUUGAUGAUAAUAAACUCAGCGAAGAUAGCGAUUUACCUUUUUGUAUGAUGUCAGAAUACUGAUUUGAUAUUUCAGUAAAAUAGUCCGGAAUGUUAAUACUUGAUUGCGAGUUUUUCUCAAGGAGUAAAUAAGGACCCAUGUGGGACGAAAAAUUUUAAAUAGUAAGUGUAUUAUAUGAUAUACUUACUCUGUGACAUCAAUCAACAAUGUCAAUGAUAAUAGUAAUCCAAGCAUGGAAGGUAAGAGUAUUUGUAACACAGUAGCAGUGUUGUGGUUCAUUCAACUUCAUUCUUUUAUUUUUAUCUAAUUUAAUGUGGGCAAGUUAGAAAUGGCUUCGGGCAAUCAAAUUGUGAGUCUUGCCUGCCCCAAGGGCAACCACUUUUUUCAAAAUUUUGCAAGUCCUGGCUGUAAUACUGUAUAUUUUCUAUUUUUUAAGUAUUAGGGGUGCACCAGGACUCCCGGAACCCCGAUUUUUCAGAUUUCCUGUUCCGGCCGGAACUAAUAAAAAAAGCAUGUCCGGAACCGGAACUCUGUUGUUUUCAGAGAGAUAGAAUAUCAAACUUUUUAUGUCUAACAAAAGUUCACAGUAGGAAGAAAUUUGGACUAUACAAGGGAAAUGUACACUAUUAACACUUCAUUAUAUGACAUUUAACGUUUGUCAAUCUUUUUAUUCUAACUCUCUCCUUGAUGACUUGACGUGUCUGCUUGUCUGGCAGCGGACAAAGUAACAUAUGACCAUAUAUGGCUUAAUAAAUCAGUUAUGGUCUGGCCGGAACUUUUUUCCAGUUCCGGUCGGAUCUGGUUCGCCGGCCGGAACUUAAAAAAAUUGGUUCCGGUGCACCCCUAUUACUUAUCUUCUAUUUUUGAAGCAUUUAACUUUUAAAUAAAAAGGUGCUGUCAAAAUUGUCGCUGAACUUAAAAUACCAACAGCCAUUUUUUGUCGACGAGGAUUUAAAAUAAAUUAUGCUGCUUGAAGAUUUAACUAUCAGGAUGCAUUAAUGAAUUGGCAGAUGGUCCGAUUAUUCGAUUAACCCAUUGAGUGGCAGCGCUAUCACCCCGUUGCCGCUCAAGGGAUAUAUUACUUCGUGGAAGUUACUAACAAAGAAAUAAGCAAAAUUAAAAUAAAUUCAGCCCCCCCCCCCCAAAAAAAAAAGAAAACACAAAAGACUUGUGUAAAAAUACUAAAACAAUUAUUUGCCUCAGACUCGGUGAUUAUCGGGGAACAUUCACCUUAACUUUGUCUCGUUUAUUCCCCAAUAAUCACCUCGCCUUCGCCGAAUAAUUGUUAAAUAUUAUUAUUUAUAUGUACAGUAAUACUUGUAUUAUAAUGACAUGGAAAACUAUGCAAUAUAAUUGUAAAUAUAUGUGGUGUACCACAAACCAAAAUUUGUAUUGUAUUAUUACCAUGCAAAACUACCAUGCAAGAACUUAAUGUUAUACAUGGUUAGUGAAAGAUUCCAUAUGGCAACCUCCUUUGUUGUAUUGCUUUUGAGAAAUACACAUCUAUCAGUCAGAAUUGACCAUGCAUGAGGCCAAAAAAAAAUAUGUGGGUUUCCGGUUUCUUAUAAAAACUUAGGUUGGUAGGUCGGUUUUAACUUUUUUUUUUUAAAUUUUUUUUUUUAAUUUUCCGAAUAAGCCGACGCCUUUUGUUUAGUCAGUGCUUCCACAUCCAAAGAUAAAUUUCCCUAAUAUUGCUUCAAAUUUCAAUUUUCCACAAACUUUUUCCUCUAAGGGCCUGUUCAUAUGAUCCCGCUUACCGGGACGUCUCGCUUACCGAGACGAAUAUUUCCGUGCGUUCAUAUGGAGUAUUUCGUCCCGCUUGCCGAGAUGAAAUUACAAUGUAGUUCUAUAAUUAGCGUAUGCAAAACUUCUACAUUUCAGUCAAGCAACACAAAUACUUAGCGAUUUUAGUGUUUUUCUUCGUUUAUUUACAAGAAAAAGUAUUGCUUCAGGUGCUUAUUUAAUACUUGUUUACAAAACAAACAUAAAACCAAGUAAAAAGUGUUAAAUUAAACCGGCAAGACUUGUUUGACUUCAUCCCGGUCAGCGGGCUGGCGUGUUCAUAUGGAAAAAAUUUCAUCCCGCCUACCUAUGAUCUCGGCAAAUUCAAACGAGAUCUCGGCAAGCGGGCCAACUUGCUUUCUCAUAUGAACACAAUGCAAAAUUUUAUAGGAAAAUAGAUAGGCGGCGAGAUCAUCGGUAAGCGGGACGUCCCGGUAAGCGGGAUCAUAUGAACAGGCCCUAAGUGGAAACACUUACAAGCAUGAUCCAAUAAAAAAGUUUAGGGUCGGGAUUUCGGUAAUCGUUCCAUGUUUCGCGCACCAAUAUAGUAAACGUUAUGUAAUGGAUAUUAUCGUGUACUGAAAAGUUGGACUUGAAUGAUGUGAUUUCUUGCACUUCACACACCCUAACCCUAUCCCUAACCUUAAACCUAACCCCUAACCUAACCCCUAAUACCUAACCCCUAACCCUAACUUAUAUUGGUGCGCGAAACAUGGAACGAUAACCGGGAUUUCGACGUCCAAAAGCUAGGUAGGGUCGGGAAACCGGAAACCCACAUUUUUUUUUUUGGCCUGAUAUCCUUUGUGUCAUGCAAGUGCAAUUAGUAACCUCGUCCUUGACCUGUAAUUUAUAAUGUUUUGAAAUGAUUUUAGACCUGGAGUGGAAACUUAUCUAUGUUGGUUCAGCUGAAAGCUCAGAUUAUGAUCAAGUGUUAGAUUCUGUUUUGGUUGGACCAGUACCUGGAGGAAGACAUAUGUUUGUAUUUCAGGUAAUAUACUUUCAUAACAAACUAACAAUAUUUGUCAAUAUAUUGUAUAUAAUAUACAGUCCUAUUAUUUGCAGUGCACACCUCCAGGAAUAUUGAGUAUUAUUAGGGAAGCUGGCAAACAAAUAAUGUUUUUGGCACAGGUAUCAUAAUCCAUUGAUCGCCCUUCUUGAUUAAAAGUAGACUUGGUUCAAGUCCGUCUCAGGAGAAAAGUAGGGAGAGACGGACUUGGGACAUUUGCAGCAUUUCGAAUGUUACUUGCAAAAAUUGGCACGAAAAUUUGUUGUUGUUCUCAACUGGCCACGCCUCCGUAGGGAAAAUCCGACGGUAAAUUUUGGCGCGCUUGCAGGGUAUCCAACAAUUGAUGAUGCCAUAAUUGACAGCUACAUUCAUAUAGCUGGAUUUUGAGGGCAGGUGUGGGAAGGUGUGCACUUUCCCUCAGAUUAUUUUGACUACAGUAUUUCCUCUGAUAUUUUCUUGCCUCCCCUUAAAAUGAAUACACCUUCCCUAAACAAAGGGUAAAAUGAAUGAUCAAAGUGAAGAUUCGACUCAAACUUAACCGUUAACUUUAAUGUUUGUUAUUAAUUUUUAAUGCUUGAGAUAGUUGAAUCCCUCUUAAUCUGCAGCGUUCUGCUGUUAUUGUCACCAUUUAUGCCGACACAGACUGAGUUUACAGUAUAUCAUGGAUCUAUUACGCUUUUUGUGAAUGGAAACAUGGUGCAAUGCUGUGAACAAAUCUUUUCUAUGCUCACGUCCCUUUCCAACUUUCUAUCUUUUCAAAGGCGGACAGCCCAGAUCCAAAGAGAAUCCCAAUUCAAGAUGCUAUUGGAGUAACGGUUCUUCUACUGACAUGUGCCUAUCGAGGACAAGAAUUUGCGAGAAUUGGAUAUUAUAUUAAUAAUGAAUAUAUCGAUUCUGAGUUGAAAGAAAAUCCACCAGACAAAACUGAUUUUCAAAAGGUUUGUCCUUUCAUUACAUUUUUUAACUUUAGUUCCUUAGAAACAUGUGAAUAUUUUAGGCUAAAUUAGAUUAUAAUUUCACAAAAAUUUCCCCUUUAUUCACAUGUGCACAAAGUUUUUGAAAUGUUUGAUGCCGUGAUAGUAACAUAAUACAAUAUCUAAGGGCCUGUUCAUAUGGGCAAAAGUUAUCCCGGUUAACGAGAGAACUUUUCGACUAGAGGUAGCCAAAUAUUUUCGUUCUGUUCAUAUCACGUUCCUGUGCUCACGUUCAGACGUGUCCAAAUGAGCUCUACAAAUUUUAAAAAUAUCGAUCAAAUGAUCUGUAUGUAGUCGUUUUCUAAAGGCCGGCGCACACUAGAGCUAUGUGCUUAGCAAAAUGUCAUUCGUGACUGUUGGCGUAAGGAGAUAGCUCUCGUGUGCGGGCGAUUUACGAACGACUUUUGUCAUUCGUGCCACUUACGCCAAAUAUCUCACAUGUUUGAUAAUUUCUGCCUCGCGUGCCAAAAUCUUUCCGUGUGCGGCGAACGAAAGCUAUCUGCUUACGGAUUGUCGUAACAGCGCAUGCGUAGUAUACGAAAGUAAACAUCCAAGAUGGCGGCGCAAAAUGAAUUGCUGGCCGAGGCAAUUUUAGAGGACAAACUUGUCGAACUUUGGCCUGAAUAUAAAUGUUUAUACGAUGUGAGUUCUGCAGAUUUUAGAAAUAGGGACAAAAGGGAAUGUGCGGUGAAAGAAAUAGCCAGUAAGUUUGUCCUCUAAAAUUGCCUCGGCCAGCAAUUCAUUUUGCGCCGCCAUCUUGAAUGUUUACUUUCGUAUACUACGCAUGCGCUGUUACGACAAUCCGUAAGCAGAUAGCUUUCGUUCGCCGCACACGGAAAGAUUUUGGCACGCGAGGCAGAAAUUAUCAAACAUGUUAGAUAUUUGGCGUAAGUGGCACGAAUGACAAAAGUCGUUCGUAAAUCGCCCGCACACGAGAGCUAUCUCCUUACGCCAACAGUCACGAAUGACAUUUUGCUAAGCACAUAGCUCUAGUGUGCGCCGGCCUAUAGAAAAAAGAAUAUUUAGUGAUUUAGACUCUGUUGACUGGACUAAAAGUCCUAAAAUAAUAACCGAGGAGCUGUCCUCUGAUGAGAUGGCUACUCAAUUUUAUGAAACUUUAUGGCCUAAAUUUGAAACUUUUUUUCCACUAAUAAACGUUCGAUCAUCAUCGCGUGACCCACCGUUCAUGUCUCCGUUUGUUAAGCACUUGUUAAGAACGAAUGAUGAAGACACAAUUACUCGUUUACAGAAUCAAAUUAAUCGUCUUAUCCACUCCAACCAGGUUAAUGCUGUUAAAAAUGAGAAAAAUGGAUCUCAGAAAUGGUAGAGUAAAGUUAACAGUAUGACUGGAAGAAAUGGAAACACUUUACCAAUCAGUUCUAUAAUAGAACCAAGUGUAAUAAACACUUACUUUCAAGGCAUAAAUACUGACCCUGAAUACACUGCUCCCCAGAUGCUCCAACAGAUCAGAUUUUAAAGCAAUAAUAUCCAACGGAGAUAAGAAAUUAUGGCUAAGAAUUAUAAAUGAUGAUAACAAUGCUUUACACAAUCUUUUACCUAGUAAGUUAAAUCGACCUUUAAGACGGAGAGGUCAUGACUGUGAACUAUUAUUAUUAUUAUUAUUAUUAUUAUUAUUAUUAUUAUUAUUAUUAUUAUUAUUAUUAUUAUUAUUAUUACUACCAAACGUACUGUGUUAGGAAAAUGAUGACUAUUGCCAUUCGAAGUACAUACUAUAUUUUUUGCUGCCGAAAUAAGGAAUGGGAAAGUCCGGACUUGUUAAGUAUUUGAAAUAUCUGAUUGUCUUGUAUAUUUAUAUAUUUUCAUGUAUUCUGUCUUAUCAUUUUUAUUAGUUCAUAUAGUUGUGAUUCAAAUAGCCAAUUGUAAGUUACCUUAAAUUAGUGAGAUUUACAAUUGUAUAUAUAUAGUAUAUAACAAAAUUAUUAAAGUUUCCACUAUUAUUAUUAUUAUCAUUGACUGGGAUAGAGGGGCUCAAUCGUUUAAUGCUACAGUAGAACCCCGCUAACUCGAACUCCUCGCUAACUCGAACUAAAUCCAAUUCCCCUUGGAUCUGAUACUGUUUUUUAUAGUAAUUUACUCCGCUUAACUCGAACUCACUUAACUCGAACUCCUCGCUAAUUCGAACAAAUUUUGUUUUCCCUUGGUCAAAUUUAUCCCAUGAACUCGAACUUUGUUUUCGAGUCGUGGAUCGGCAAACCUUAAAAUGUCAGAACAUAGCAUUUUGACAACCGGUAACUUGGAUUUUUAUUCAAAUAACAACAAUUUAAUCGGUGUAUAAAUGAUCAUAAAUUUUAAGAGAUUAUACACAUAGUUGCGACGAUUGUUAUUGAUCUAAUUUUUUUAGUUCCUUUUGUAAAUUUCUACAUAUUUUUCAUGUCCAAAGAACUUUAGUUUGCAUGGAAAUUGAAUGCCUCCUCCAUCACCCAAGUUAAAAAGAUACUGACUAAAGAACUUUAGUUAUAGGAAUGCACAAUUAAACCUUUUGUAAUUUUGAUGAACAGUAUAAUAAAACUUUUGUACCUUAUUAAUUAUUAACAUAAUAAACGAAAUCAGACACCAACUCCGGUUAAUUCGAACCCCCGCUAACUCGAACAAUUUUUCGUUCCCCUUGGGAGUUCGAGUUAGCGGAGUUCUACUGUACUAUAAGGCAAAGUUCGUCAAGCUGUCAAUCUAAUUUCCAAUGCAAAUUGUCGAGGCCUCUUAAAUAUCGACACGUUAAUUCCAGCUGGUGAAGACAAAGAGGGUAAUAUUCAAUGGAAAACAACAAAAAAUUUUUUAUGGAAAACAUCCACCGGGGUGUAUUCCCAGCGAUGACAUUCUUUUGCAAGAUAUGAAUUCUGACGAGAGUUACUACGACCCAAUUAUAUUCGAAAGAAUAACUGGUGAUUUGAUUAUGAGGCAUGUUGUGAGGCGGCUGUUCAUGCCCUUAAUCAGAUUAUGGAUUCAGAAGAGAUGGAAGUAUUGCCACUUGUCGAUGCUACGAACGCUUUUAAUACACUAAACAGGCAAGCAGCAUUAUACAUAACAUUCAAGUUAUAUGUUCUGUGAUAUCGACCAUCUUGAAUAACACUUAUAAGGCCUCCGUGAGGAUGUUCGUGGCAGGAGGUGGAGAAAUAGCGUCAAUGGAAGGCAGUACACAAGGCGACCCGUCAGCCAUGACCAUGUACACGCAUUAGCUAUAACCCCACCAAUGAAAAGAUUAAAGGAACAAGCACCCACCGCAAGUCAGGUAUGGUUCGCGGACGAUUCCAAUGCAGCAGGAAGAUUACGAGUCAAAGUGGCAGCACUUAACAAUAAGGUGGCAGCACUUAACAAUACUUGGCCCUGAAUUUGGCUAUUUUCCAAACGCAAGUAAGACAACAAUGGUAGUCAAAGAGGCAUUCUUUGAACAAGCGAAGGAUUUAUUCGAGGAAACGGCUGGCAUCAAGAUUACCACUGAUGGUCAUAAAAUACUUGGAGCUGCCUGCGGUAAACGUUCAUUUGUGGACGAAUAUAUAGCUGAUAAGAUAGACGAAUGGGAGGAGGAAAUCGAGACGUUAUCUAAAAUAGCUGAAAUGUAUCCACAUGCUGCAUAUAUCGCAUUUACUCGUGCUAUUGUGAGGGAAAUGGCAAUAUCUUAUGCGAACGAUUGA